CCCAUGUCUCCCAAAGUCCUCGAGUGGCUCUCUCUGUCUCGCCUGUGGCACAGUCGUCCGCGGCGCAUCUCGCCAUGUUUCCACCUCAUUUGCCCCCCCUCAGGGGCUGCGUGCGUAUUGUCUCCGAUGUCUCGUCCUUUUUUUUUCUUGUAUUGCCUCGCCCGUUGGAUCAUCAAUGACACCCCGUUUGACGAAAUAAUCUCCUCGUUCCGUCUAUGGUAUUCUUGGAUUCUUCCUCCCGGGCAGCAGGAUUUUGGCACACAUCUACGCGCCACGGCAAGAAUAACCUCAAAGGUUGCCUUGUCUUGUACUACCGGGUGCGUACUGUAAGAUGCAGGACGAAGUAUGGCAUGGCAGCAUUCCCGCCUUACGUUGGCCUCGUCGGAUCCUGCCAGCUCUGCCCUGUCUUGUGCAACCACCAACGUGACUGCGGCUGCUGCUGCGGUGUAUAUCCAUGUCGAGGCAAGCAUAGGCGGCGCCAUACUAUCGCACUUUCAACUCGACGUGUACAAGAUGACGGCAGCCAACGAUGCACUCAUCCGGGUCCUGCGAGACUCGAGACUUGCGUCUUCCUGGCCAACAAAAAAGCGGUCUUCCGUGCGGCGUGCGGCAUGCGGCGUGCGGUGGUCUCGGCUGACGACGCGGUAUACCUCGGCGCCUGGCUCGCUGUGAGAUGAGCAAAGUGUGAUCAAGUACUCCGUACCACCAAAGCUCUUUACUGUUGAAGCGACAAGUACCUGCGUCCGCCAUCGAGCGUUGGAAAUGGCCCGCCAUGCGCUCUAGGGAGAUGAAAGUCAAUGCUCGAGCAUCUCAGCAAGGCUCAAGGGACCACAGAGUUGAGCAAAGGAAGAAAAAAGGGCCAACGUACCGACAACUUGGCCCUUGGUCAGGUACAUUUGCCAUGCAGUGCCACAACGUAUCUGUACAGAAAUAGGUGUCGCCUGUACGCAUGCAAUCGAUGGCAGAGAUGAUGCCUUGCCCGACGGCCAGAGCUUGCCCUCCAAGAAACCAGUCGACGACGACGGC